AUGGUCAUAUAUUGGUCUCAGUGUCAUCAGUGGUGGAGUUUCGUCAACUGUGGCUUAUCAGUUGGCAUGAAGCUUCUCUACUCAGGUACCUCCUCACCAUUACCAUUCCAGUUCUUCGUGUGGUUACUUUGGAGGAACCAGCGCCGAUACAAUAGAAUUGUUCUGGAGCCGACGAUUAACAAUGAAACCACAAUAAAAUACACGCUGAGCCUUCGCUUCCAGCUCAACGAAAACAUCCGAUCAAUGAAGUUACUCAGAAAUGUGAUAAUCCUCUGCACUUUGAUGCACGUCAUCUGCUUUGCUAUGUUGACUACAUCUCGUAUCGACUGGAUGCGUUCAUAUUCUGACAUCGCUGGCCACUAUCUUGAUGCCAUCUUGAAUAUAACAAAUUGCUAUCAUGUAAGUUUCGACUGCGCCUACUUUUCAACGCAGUAA